AUGGACACGUCUGCUGCGGCCUCUCACGACGACGAAAUGCUUGCGCUGACGCUGCAAGAUGUUGAGGACUCGGAGCGCCGUCCGCCGCCCAAGCCGCGCGCUGCCGAGACAUCCUUUGAAACCUUUACUCACGAGAGCGCGGAGCCGAGUGAGCCUCUGUCCAUGCCAUUGACGCUACCGACGUCGCCCACGUUGCUUCCGCUGUCCUCAUCGCCGUCUUCCACCGCGUCUCACCACCGUCAGCAGCAGCUGAGCGUGCAACAAUACUUCCAGACCGAGAGCAGCGCCGGCGGGGAUUUUAACACGGAAAUGCAGAAAUCUAACGACGAAUAUCGACGCUUAACAGACGCAAUUAACCUGAAUGUACCGAAUGUUACCGGUUCAGGUACCGGUACAAGUGGACGUUUGAUCACCUCCACACCUCACGGGGUGGACAUAACGUCCACUUUGACACCGCCACACAAGGGUAAGAAGAGAAAGCAAGGCACCAACGUAAGUAUCGACCUACAGACCAAGAUCCGUAUCAUCGAGGUGGCUGAACAAUACCAGUAUGACCCCAAGAGCUCCAGUCGCAGUAAACAAGAAGGCGGACUGCCUGGUCAUCACGGUAAGGAGAUCGUGAACGGCAUCCGUCUAGCAGAGCAAUUCGGUCUCAAUAAGAGCACUGUAAGUCGCAUCUUGAAGCGUAAAGAGGAGUUCAAGAAGGCCUACUACAAGGACAAUAUCUCGGGCUGUUCCAAGCACAUCAACAAGAAAUCCAAGUUUGAUAAACUCAAUCGACUGGUGGAGAACUGGUUCGACAUGAACCGAGAGAAGAACGGGACGAUAUCAGACACUCUGAUCCGAGAUGUUGGCAAAAGAUACGCAGAGGAGCUCGGUAUCGAGGAUUUUCGAGGAUCGAACGGCUGGGUGCGUAGUCUACGCAAUCGCAAGGAGCAUACAGCACGAAAUACAGUGUCGAUCGAGGAACAAGAAGCUGAGAAGAGGAAGAAAGACAGUGAGGCUAUCGAACGCAUGCGGAACAUUUUUCCCAAUGGUGUCAAGGACAUGGCUGGAUUCUUCAAGGAUCUAUCGACAUAUCUGGAGAAAGAUGGCGCUGGCAUGGGCGGAUUUGGAGAUAUUAGCGGUAACAAUAGUAGCAAUGGAAGUGCGAGAGAUGCUGCCAUGACGCUGGCGGGGGCGUCAUAUACGGACAUCGACGACGGUAUUCCACGCGACGAUGACGGAGCAAUGGCAGAAGAAUUUCUCAAGAAAAAGAUGAUCGACUCGUUACGUAUUUGGUCUCAAGAACUCAUGGCAUCGGAGCUGGCCAAGCUCAAGAAACGAAUGAAACCGCGUCAGGCAGCUAUUCUAUAA